AAUGUGAUUAUUUGCAAAAUUAUUGAUGCUGAUCACAGCAAAAAUAACAGUAUAAAAUGUCAAUUUGAAUUGGUUAAAGGUAUCAUUUGGCGUUUUCGCCUCUCACAGUAAAGUAGUGUCUUAACUGUGAACAAAUCCGUUUUGUCUACAACAAUGCGUAUCUUCAUUCUCUGUGCUCUGGUUGCCAGUGUUCUGGCCAACCAAGAUGCUGCCUUUAGUGCUCAUCAACAGUACACCUAUUCCGUUGAGUCCCGUACUCUUGCUGGAUUCCCUGAGCAGAAGGAUCAGUACUCGGGUGUCUUCUCCCGGGCCCGUCUGACCCUCUGCCAGAAGUCCAACAAUGAGGUGAUUGGACGUCUCACCAAGGCUGAAUAUGCUCCCUUCAAUGGUCAAUUGAUUGAAGGUUGGGCAUCUGAGGUGGACGAGAAGGCUCUGCCAUACAAACAGCAGCCAUUCUGUGAGAAACCUUUUAGCAUUCAGUACAAAAAUGGUGUCAUCCGUUCUGUUGCCUUCGAUCCAUGCAUGUCCAAUGAGCACGUUAACCAGGUUAAGGGUGUUGUAUCCCAAUUUCAACUUGAUCUUUCUGCUGAUAAUGCCAUUAAGUGCAAAUACAAUCAGAUUCCUGAUGCUCAGAAUCCAAAGAAAACCAUUGUUGGUGCCUAUAAAACUAUGGAAUCAAGUGUUACUGGUAAAUGUGAAGUUCAAUAUAGAGUAUCACCUGUUCCGGCCCAAUUUGCCGAGACUCAUCGUGAAUGGUUCCCAAUUCCUGAAUUGAAACAAAAUCAUACUGAUCAACAUGUUCAAAUUGUCAAGACUAAGAAUUAUGAUAAUUGUGAUAAACGUAUUGGAUAUCAUUUUAGUCUGCAGACAAUGGAGGAGAAUGAUGAUAAACCAAAUUCCAAUCAAAUGGGUGAUUUCUUUGCUCGUAGUUCCGUUUCUACUGUUUAUAUUACCGGACAACUUACCAAUUAUACCAUUCAGAGUGCUCAGACUUACAAUAAGGUUCAGAUUAACAAUAAUUUGAGGGAUGAUGAAGCUCCAAUGGUUGCUAGCUAUGUUAAGGUGACCCUUGAGGAAGUUAAGCCACUCCAUGGUGCAUGCCAGGGACCUGAUAAUGCCCUUCCUGUUGGUGAUCUUGUUAGCCGAUACAAUUUGCCAUCGGAUACCAGUAAUGCCAUUCGUCCAGUUCAAUCUGAUGAAGAUUCUAGCUCUAGCAGUUCCAGUUCAAGCAGUUCUAGCUCUAGCAGUUCCAGCGAGGAGGAUUCCAGUGAAGUGAAUCAACAUGCCAAGAAGAGUCAGCAACAACGUGAAAAAUUGGCUGAACGUCAGGAUCAGUAUGAGGCUGAGAAACAGGCUCAGAAUCAACGUUACAACCACGAGAACAAUCACAAUAAGUACCAACCCAGGUACCCAACACGUCGUCCUCAGGACUUUGAAACUGAACAACGUCUUAAGCGUUCCAGGAGAUCUGUUGUUGGACAUCAGCAACACGAACAGGACAAUAGGUACUUCGAAAAGAUGGAAGAAGCCAACUACAACAAACACAAAGCUCAAUCAAGUGACUCUAGUGAUGAUUCCUCUUCAUCAUCCUCAUCUGACUCAAAUUCCAGCUCAUCUUCCAGUUCUAGCUCUAGCUCUUCCUCCAGUUCCAGUGAUUCCUCUUCAUCUAGCGAAUCUAGCUCCUAUUCUGACAGCAGUAGCUCUUCCAGUGAGAGUGAUAGCCUCAGUGAGAGUCAGGAAUUCUGGCAUGCCAAACCAAAUAUGAAACAGAGUCCUGAACAUGCUUUCCUGCCCUACUUUGUCGGCUACAAGGGACACUCCAUUGCCUCCAAGGUUGACGUUGCCAAGAAGACCGUUGAAAUCUGCCAGGAAAUCGCCAAGGAUGCCCAGGAACCAUCUCAAUUGCCCAAACACAAUACCCUUGCCAAAUUCACCAUUGCCGUUCGGUUGAUCCGUACCAUGGAUCUCGAACAGAUUCAAUUUGUCGCUCAGAAACUCCAACUUGCCCAUGAGAAUGCUAAACGUCAGACCCCCGAUGACAAGUACAACCAAGAAAGCCUGCCCCAACAGCAUCCAGCCACUGAUGCCUGGUACACCUUCCGUGAUGCAUGUGCCGAAGCCGGAACUGGUCCAGCUGUUGCUGCCAUCUUCGAUUGGAUUGCCAAGAAGAAGGUGCAGAAGGAAGAAGCUGCACAACUCAUUUCAACUCUGCCCGAUAGCGUUCAGGCCCCCACUGACAAACUCCUCCAUGAUUUCUUCAAAAUGGCCACUAGUUCUCAGGUCCACCAACAGCCCCAACUCAAUGUAACCGCCCUAUUUGCCCUCACCAAGAUGGUGGAAAAGGUUGUUGUUAACAAUCAAACCUCCUACGAAUACUACCCAGUCAAUGUGUACGGACGUCUGGCUGACAAACGUUCUCCCAUCGUUCAUGAUGUCACCCAAUGGCUAUCAGUUCAACUGAAAGCCGCCAUCAAUCAUGAAGAUAGCCACAGAACUCUUACAUACAUCCGUUGUCUGGGUAAUCUUGGACAUCCUGACAUUCUUGCUGCCUUCGAACCCUACCUCGAGGGUGAUAGGCCCACCACUGACUUCCAGCGUGCAGCUAUUGUUGUUGCAUGUGAUCGUCUGGCUGAAAAUUAUCCAAAACUUGCCCGUAGUGUCCUUUACAAGAUGUACCAGAACAUUGGUGAAGCCCAUGAAGUUCGUUGUGCUGCUGUUAUGCAACUCAUGAGGACACAACCACCAGCUCAUAUGCUCCAGGCUAUGGCUGAAUUCACCCAUCAUGAUCCAUCUCGUGAGGUGAGAGCCUGCGUUAAGUCAGCCAUUCAGUCUGCUGCUCAGCUCAAUCAUGCUCACUACCAGGAAUUCGCUGCUGCUGCCCAAGCUGCUGAACCUAUGCUAACUGAAGAGGACUUUGGUGCAUCUCUGUCAUCUGUCAAUUUGCGUGAUGCUAUCCUUGAGAAAUUCAAUUUGGCUGCUUUGGCACAAUUUACCACCUUUGGAUCAUCUGAUAGCCUUAUUCCAUCAUCUGUUCAUGCCUUCGUUGAGAAGUCCUUCCGUGGCUACCGUCGUGAUACUCUUGCCUUUGCCAUGACCUCAUCUGUCAAUCAACUCUUUGAUCUCCUUGAUGAUCAAUUUGAAGCCAAUCCUCAUGCCUCAUCAUCACCCUUCGCCAAGGAUCACCAUGAUAACGAUAAGACUAACUACCGUGCCCAGAAGGCUGCUGCUAAGAGUAAGAAGGCUAGCUAUGCUGCAUCUGGUGGUGCACCAAAGGCUGCUGGCUAUGCUGAUUGGACUUAUGACAAAAUCUAUGAUAUCCUCAAGGUCCAACCUGAUCAGGAGGAACCCGUUGAGGCUCAGUUCUUGGUUAAUCUUUUGGGAUCUGAGAGAUUCUUUGCCUUUGGCAAUCAGUCCGUUGAUCAGAAGUUGCCAGCAUUCAUUCGUGAAAUGGCUGAUGCUGCUAAGCAAGGAUACAAUUUCCACUAUUCCAAGAUGUACUAUCAGGAUCAACUUACUGUUGCCUUCCCCAUGGAAUCUGGUUUGAUCUUCUACCAUCAAUUUACUGUGCCAACUUAUGUGUCCGUUACUGGUGACGUUAAGGCUAAGUCACAGCCUGAUGCUGCCAAGGCUGGUCCACGUGAUGAAGAUAAGAGCAAUCCAAUUCAAAUUCCUGAUACUAUCAAUGCUACAUUGUCUCUGCAUUUGGUCUAUGCUGCAACGGUUCAGAGUCAAACUGGAUUCUUUACGCCACAGGAUCAACAGAGGUACAUUGCUGGACAUACCAAGAAGUAUCAGGCUAAUCUACCAUUGUCUGUUGCUGUGGAAAUUGAUCUGAAGAAUAAUCAUUUUGCUGCUACAGCACGUCCCCUGUUCCCCCAUAAGGCUAUCAAUGUUGCUCACUACAGCAGUUGGCCAUAUACCGCUCGUAAGGACAUCUUGGAUCUUCGUCCAGUGGCUGAGGCUAAGGAUAUCAAGACUCUCCAUCUUCGUCCAUCUGUUGCCCUCAAUACCGUCUAUGGUGAUAAGGCUACGGGUAUGGCUUUCCGCAUCUACGGUGAUCAUGAAAUUCGUACACCUGUUAGCAAUGCCCUAUGGCGCCAUGUUUUCCAGCAUCGUGACAAUUUUGAAGAAUUUGCCGCAUUCCCAUGGGCUGCCCACUUUGCUCCUCAUGCUAACCUCGAUGUUGCCUUUGAUGCCGAAAAGAGUUCAGCCUCAGCUGUUACUUUCUAUGCCAACUGGGCUAAGCAGUAUGAUGCUGAAUAUGGACCAGGUGGACAACAAAAGAGUCAAGCUGCCCAGGCUAGGGCUUCACCAAAAUCUGGCUAUGACAAUAUGGCUGUUCCAAUUAGCCUCAAUCCCGACAGUACUCGUCGCCAAGAACAGUAUCUUCAGGCAGCUGGUGCUGGUAUUAAGAAUAGCAAAUCCUACAUGUUUGGCUGUGGUGCUGUCUUCCAUCGUGGUCAACAGGGUGCAAACUUCGAUAAACAAUCCCAAGUGGCUCACUACAUUGCCACAAUGGCCGCUGCUGAUAGUGCAGUCUCUGAUAAAUCUCGUGCACUUCUCUUUGUCGCCGCUGUCCCAGCUAAGGCUACCCCAAUGCAUCUGUGUGCAGUUGCCGAAUCAAAACUACCAUCAGUUGCUCAGUUGAAUUUCAAGCAUGCCCUAGAAACCGUUGCCGGUGGUGAAGUUAAUGCAGAUAUCCUUAUUGGUAUGGAUAAGUGUGAUAGUGUUGAUGCUUUCCAUGCUAAGGUUAAUGGUAAGGUUGGACAGAAUGAUGCCUUCCGCAAGUACAUUCGUCAGACGCCCGAGGGACAACAGUGUCUGCAACAGAUGGAACAUGGUGAUCAUCAAUUGCCAGCUUGUCAAAAUGCCACACAACGUGCUGCACUUAUGCAAGAUGUCAACUUUAUGAUUGAAUACAACUUUGAUCAUCCACAAAUGGAAAAUUUCACCGGUGAAGCUGUUGCUUUUGCCAGAUACUUCAGUGCUGGCUUCAACUGGGAAGAAGAUCACACUUAUGAGGGUAAACAGGGACGUGUUCAGUUCCAAUAUCAACUUUCUCCAUCUGGCUACUAUGGUAACUUCACCCUUGCCACACCAAAUGUGAAGGCUAAACUGACCAAUGAACAUCUCAAUCCAUGGUUGAGGGCUGCUCUCAAUGUUCAUCCUGAUCAGGAUCUGUUCGAUCGUAUGGCUACUGAAGCCUUCCAGGAACAAUACAAUCCAACUUGCAGUAUCAAUCGCAACAAAGUGGCUACAUUUGAUCAAUCUGUCUUCAAUUACAACUUCGGAAAGUGCUGGCAUGUUGCCUACAUUACUGAUACCGAUGAAGAGGUCAAUGGUAGCAACAGUGAGGAUUCUGGUGAGGAAGUUGAUGAUGAGGAUGUUGCUAUUUUGGUGCGUCAACCAAAUGGUGAUGAUGAUAAGGAUGUUAUGGUUGUCCUUGGACAACAGGAUCAGCAUGAUUAUGUUAUCUAUAUGCCAGCUAAGGAUGUUCAGGCACGUCAUGUGUACGUUGAUGGCCAGAAGAAGCCAGUGAAUGAGAAGGAAGCCAUUGAGAUCUUCAGUGAAGAUGAUGCUCAACAGCCAUUGGCUAGAAUCUACUGUGGACCAGUUGGUGAGGUUACCGUUGACAUUCGCGAUGGUGAUGUUACAGUUAAGACCAACGGACAAACAGUAACAAUUGACAGUAGUGAAAAUCGUGGUCAGGUCCUUGGUGUCUGUGGAACAAAUGAUGCUGAACGUGAGAAUGAUAGGAAGUCCCCAGCUAAGUGCUAUCAUCGUAGAAAUAGUCACUUUGUAGCAUCAUAUGCCCUGGAUGAUGCCACUUGCGAAAGUCAGGCUAAGGCUGUGAAGAAAGAUGCUGCUAAGGCUAAGUGCUUCCAGGAAGAACUCCUCUUUACCGAUGCCGUUACCGAUGUCGAAGCUGGACGUCAACACUACGGACGUGGUUUCAAUGCAUCCAAUUCAUCUGAAUCAUCAUCAUCAUCCAGUCAGGAUUCCUCCUCAUCUUUCUCAUCUUCCGACUCUUCUGAUUCCUCAGAUUCCUCCGAUAGUUCCUCAGCCGAUGACGAACAAAAAGCCGUAGCUGAGGCCAAUCGUAGGCACCAUGAGCAACAGAAGAAGUGCGAAACUAAACAUCAGACUCAGUACGUUGAACGCAACGGUGAAAUUUGCUUCACAAUUCGUCAAUUGCCAGCCUGUGAAUCCCCAUGCAAAGCCCAACAGAAGGUCCAGAAAUCCGUACCAGUUUACUGUAGGCCAGCAUCUGAGUCCCAGGCUCAACUCUACCGUCAGCAGAUCCGUAAGGGAGCUAAUCCCGAUCUCAGGGAUAAGGCACCAUCACGCAAAAUGCAAUUUGCCGUCCCACAGGCCUGCACCAUGUAAACGACUACCAAAGGACCCCCAAAGGACACCCAAAGGACACCCAAAGGACCCUCUAUCCAAAACACACAAAGUCCCUAUUUAUUGUACGUAGAUAUUUGUAGAAUGAAAGCAAGCUAGGAACCUCUUCAACUGAAGAGUCCAGAAAAAAUACAAAAAAAAAACAAUGAUUAUUACAUAAAA